GCUGGGCCCGCGGUUUUUUCUUAUUAGUUUGUCCGUUGCCGGUUAGCGGAUCAUAUGGUCUUUCGGGAAGUGACGGUGCUUAUGUGUAGUUUUAAAAAUUACUUUUCGCGAUACCACAAUGUUUUAUUGUAACUAAUAAUACGUUAAGUACACUACAAAUUGUAAUCACCCAACGUUUCGUCUUUAUUUUUGUAUAUAGUUAAUUUAAUUAAUAUAAAACACUUUCCCAAAAUGAUUAAAGAUUCAAAGUGUUCCGCGCUAACGGUGUUAGUGUUCCUGUGCGCUGUAGCUACAACCAAUCAAUUUUCCUUAAACUUUGACAAUAAUGAUAAGACUGUGAUGGACACUCUGAUGACAACGCUUGAUUUUGAUCAGAUCUACAGUUUAAUCGAACGAAAUCCAAUCGUCAAUUCGACGAUGCACCUGAGAAGUGUCACUGUGUUCGCUCCACUAAAUACGGCCUUCAUGUCCAAAAAAGAUAAUGACGACGAUUAUCUACCGUAUUAUCAUAUAACAAACGCCCCAUACAAAUUAGAACAAUUAGAAAGAUCUGUUUCUUCUGAAUUAGAAGGCAAUCCGCCUAUUUGGAUCACGAAAAAGGGCCCUGAAGAAUACUAUGCAAAUCAAGCAAGAAUUAUUCACCGAUUAUCAAAUUACGAACACAAUAAUGAAAAAGGAAAACCACAAGUACUGCAUGUGAUCGAUCAAGUUUUGCAACCAUUAAGACUGAAAAAGGAUAUGACCACAACCACGUACAAUCCUAACGCAUCUAAAAUGAUGGAGAUUAAUGAAAUCCUGGACUUGGACGGAUAUCGUAUCAAUGCGUUCCGCAACAGAGUUAUCGAGUUGCAAAAACUACAUCAAUUCGGCAACAAAGGAGGCCACACGUUCUUCAUACCCGUCGAUGAAGUGAACAACUAUCAGAGAGCCAAUUUUGAUAUAAUCGAUAAACAAAUAAUCGACGCCCACAUCAUUCCAGACAAUGUGCUUUUCUUGGGACCAACAAACGAAGGUGAACAAUUUAAAACGUUGGCCUUUACUGACAUGCUCAGAGUAGUCGCUUUCUUCUCUUCAAACGAAGACGCUGGCAGAACUAAACAUUAUGUGAGCAGUGAUACCAUUUUUGGUGGCGGUUCUUAUCCUACUGGAGCUGUGACUGCAGAAAUCAUCAAAGCCAAUAUUCCCAUUGAAAACGGCGUGGUACAUCUGAUUAGCAAACCUUUGAUGUUAGUAGACAAAACCGUAAAACAAUUUGUGGAGUCGUACAAGGAUAGAGAUGACGGUAUUUUACACCGAUUCUUUGAGGCAAUUGUAGAUUCCGCUGGGUCAAGCUUCAUGGACAAAUUAGAAGCUUUGCCCAAUAUUACCCUGUUUGCUCCUUCUAACGCUGCCUUCAACGAUCCUUUAAUUGAACCCUACUUGACCAACCGUACAUUUAUCAGGUAUUUGCUCGAUAUGCAUUUGGUCAACCAACGAUUAUCUAUGGACGAUAUCAUUUCAGGAUCAGUUGAUAAGAACUUGCAGGUGCCAACUGAAGUACCCCUCAAGGAUUUGUUCUUCAAUGUAGUAAUUAGUGGAAAAAACCGUACCCUUACUCUGGAAGGUGGUAGUGUAAAUGCAACAGCUAUCCAACCCAAUUUAGCUGCCAAAAAUGGAAUUAUACAUAUUAUUGAUAGAGUAUUAGGAAUUCCAUCAUCAACUGUUGAUCGGAAAUUAGCUACUGAUCCAACAUUGAACUUUACCAAUUACUUAGGUUCAGCAUCUGGUUUAAAUGACGAAUUAUCAAACACAGAAAAACGAUUCACAUACUUUGUACCUAGAAAUUGGGCUUGGAACCAUGUGAACACACACUCACCACAUGUAUUUAAUAAAAUAUUUGAUAAUGUACAAGUUGGCCGUCAAAUUUUAGAACGUCAUUUAAUUGUAUCUAACAAAGCUUAUACAAUGGAAGAUCUAAGAGCACUUGCUACAAAUAGUAACUUAUCUGUAAAACUAUCUACAGUACGCGAUGUAAAUAUGUAUUUACAAGUCAAACAAGUUAUGAGUGGCUAUAUGAUUGGCUGGAGAGAUGAAUGGAUCAAUGUUUAUCGACCUGAUGUACACUGCACUAAUGGUAUCAUUCAUGUUAUCGACAAAGUGCUGAUGGAAGACAGUGAUGUAAAUACAGGAACCAUGAUUACAUCAGCAACUACAUUGUUGAUGAUCGUGUUAGUUCAUAGCAUCACACUUUAUUACUUCAACUAGUCAAUUUCUUUACAUAACACCUGUCCCCAGCAAGUAGCAGCAGCAGCAGGGGUGCCUAUUGAUGCCUAAUGCAUCAUUGAUAUACAUUUUGUUUGCCGUCGGCCUCAAUUCGUCCUACCAACUUGCGUUAAUUGUAAUAAAAACCUGUAGGUUGUCGCCAGCACCAGCAUCUUACCACACUACCCUGUUGUUUAUUCAGCAACAUUUUUUUAGAACCUACUGACCUUUUCUUUAUCCUGUCCCUCUUAAUCUUAUCCUAUUUUAAUAUCAGCCAACAAACAUAAAAUAUUCACAUAUGAAUUGUAUUCAUGUCUGUUGUUGUAAUACGACACUACAGCUUUUUUUAUUUCUUCUAUAGUUAAGAUCUUAAUACUACUGAGUAUAUAUUCUUUAUUCAUACAUAAAUAUUAUAUAAUAUGAGAUUUCCAGCAUUUUAUAAUUUUAUUUUUAUUUUUACCAUUAGCUUGUGCCUGAUUAGUGUAAUAUAGUGUUUAAAAAUAUUUUGUUAGCUCCUAUUUCUAUUUAUGCUUUAAGCAUACUAUUAUACCCUUAAAAGUCCAAAAUAUCAACAAUAAAGCUAGUUAGCGCACUAUUACAAAAUGUGAUUUGCUUUACAAAAUGCCCAUUGUCGUAACCACCUUAUUUCCCACCCUUAACUUACUAUUUCAUAUAAAAUUUAAAUUCAUUGUUACUAUUUUUUUCUUAACUUCUGUAGAAUGAUAAAAGUUUAAUUUUAUUGACAUGUGGUUUUUAUUAUUAUAUAGGAAACGUAUAAAUGAGUCUGAUAAAAAAAAAAGGUAUUGAGUACUUGAAUGAUAAGAAAUUUUUAUACCAAUAUUAAUUAUUUUUUUGUAAAUACUGAACAUGGUACGACUAUAGGACUUAAUAGUAUUAAAUUAUAUAUACAUAUAGAUAUAAAAAUAUAUGAGGUAUAAAUAAUUAAUAUAAAGUUCGUCUUUUUCUAUGAUUUAAAGUAAAUAGAUUGUUUGUUAUUUUAUGUAAAUGAAUUAGUAAAAAAUUAAUUAGAUUAAAUCGAACAAUUAUAUUAUCUUUAUGAUUGAAUCUUACUUGACCUAAAUCACAUUCUUUAACAAAUAAACUAGUUAUUUUUAAUUUCUAUAUUUAUAUUGACCAAAAAUUUAAUAGAAAAUUUGAAUAAUUGAAGAAAAUAAUAAUCUUGUUGAGUUUUUAUGGAAAGUCUAUCUAAUAAUAAUAACUUAUCUCUUUUUACGUUAAUAUUAUAAAAAUUAAAAAAAAGAUAAUAAUAAUUAUAUAUAAAUAUAUUAGGUGGUUAUACAUAGCUAGCACAAGAUGCUUGCUCUUAUCGUAAUUUAUACAAUUUUUCUUAUAAAACUGACUUUAAUUAUUUUUUAAUUGGUAAACAGCUUAUAAUAUUAAUAUUUUUAAUAUUAACUUUAAUUUUAAUAAAAUGUUCAGACAUUUAUAUUAAAUUAGAUAUUAAAAAUGUGGUAAUUUAAAAUAUUAUUUUAUUGUAUAAAAUCCUAUAAAAAAUAGACUGUGCGCAGUCAGAAUAUUGUAAGCCUAAGGCUAUUAUCAAAGGAAGACAACUACUGUUGUUUUUUAUUUUACUAAUAUUAACAAAAAUUUUUAUGUAAAUAGUAGUUUUACGUGUUAAACUAUGUUUUUUUUCUAUAAUAUGUAUGGUUGGAACCUAUUGCUAUUUUUAUUUUUCUCUGUACCAUAUUUUUAUUAUUUUUAUUUAUUCAUUUUAAUUUAUAUAUACAUGCAUAUAUAUAUAUUAUAUGAGUUUCAACGAUCUGCACCAAUAUAAGUAUUAUAAUAUAAAAGAAAAAACUAUUAUUCUAUUUAUAUAUACAUUCAUACAUUUUUUCUGUUGCAUUAUUAUACGUUUUUUUAUGUAUUAUUUUAUACUCAUUUCUGCUUAAAUUAAAUCUAAAUUAUAUUUUAAGUUAUCACUAAAAUGAUAAUAGUUUAUAUUGUAGAUUUGUGGAUUAUAUCAUAAAAAGAAUUGCGUGUGCUUGAAUGCGCAGUUUUAUAGUUUCACAGUAAAUGUUUAAACUAUAUAUCAUCAAAAAUAAAACAGUAUAAAUACAAACAAUUUUUUUAUAAUACUUAAUUUUUUUUUAGUUUUAAAUUGCAAAUAAAAUUUACCUUGAGUUGAA